UUUAUUGUGACUUUUCUUUCUAAUUCGGUUUAAUUUUAUCUGCCUAUCUAUCUGCUACUUCACUAUCUUCUGUUUAAAUUUCCUUUUACCUUUGCUUUUGCUGCUUCUCUUUUGCAUUUCCACCCCCACAAAAUUUUAGCUUUUAUUUCUUUCUUGUACAAGAAUCUAGAAUUUCACUUCUUUCUGUAAAAUCUCCAUUAUCUAGAGGAGAUUGUGCAACUCUUGCGUUUUCUUUCUUCAUUCCUGUUGUUUCUUUACCUCAAGAGGUUGCUUAUAGAUGAUGUCAACUUGGUGAAGUGGGUAGCUAGAGAAAAUGAAUUAAAUUGUGGGUUUCAAAGUUGACGGUCAAAUUGCAUGCGUAUUUCAUAUAUGGGGCUGUUUCAUUAUGUCCUGUUUUUGUAUAAUUUUGUGGCUUUUUUAAUCUUUAAUCUCUUUAGAUGAAUAAUGAGUAGCUAUGGAACUAAAUUUGUGAAACCUGUUCUUGUAAAGAUGAUCCUUUCAUGUUUUUGUGUCAAGUUUGAAUGAUCUUGGAUCAAUUUAAGCUUUAGACCGUCAAGCCGUUCUUAUUUCUGUUAUUUGGGUUUUAAAUUGGUUAGGUGAUACAAUUCUUCUAUUAUUGAAAAGGAUUGAUGUAUGUAACUUAGUUGAAAAUACUCGUAGAGUUCAACUAAUCAAGUUUUAGACCAUUUCAAUCUGCAAUUACUUCUAGUUACUCGGGUUCUAAUCUGGUAGUUUGGAUCAAUUAAGCAUGUGAUCUUAAAAGUGACAGCUAACUCAGUAUAUAUAACUCUUAAUAGCGUUUGAUUAGUUUUGUGUUUCUAAUUAUUGCUUUCAAUAUUCCUAAGUUCUUAUAACUAUGCACUUGCAUUUUUUUCUCAUUUAGAUUCUCAUUCGUUUGCAGGAGCCAUAAUGGGCAAAAAAAAUACUUAUAAGUGCUGAUUGCUUUGAUGGAAUCUCCAGAGCCAAGUAGGAUUGGUGAUCGUUCAACCAGUGAUGUUGUUGUCCGACUCCGAACACAUGAAGGCCGAGAUGAUUGGUUUUAUUGCCAUUCUUUUAUCUUGAUAGAAAAGAGCAAAUAUUUUGGUGACCGCCUUUCUGAGAACUGGCCUACAUGCCAGAUCCUUGACUCACGGAACUGUGUUGAAGUUUACUGUGAAGAAUCAGACUUUGAUCACCAUGUCAAUUUUCUACGACUUCUCUAUGUUGUUAUAGAUGGUUCAUUGGAAGACAUAUGGCAUGGUGUGAAGAAUGCCCUUGGCAUUCUGCGUGUGGCUGUGGAACUUGGGUGCCCACAAAUUGUUAAUGCUUGUGUGAACUACUUGGAAGCAAUGCCAUGGGAAGAAGCUGAGGAGGAUGAGAUCCUAAAAAUCAUACCAGGCAUGGGAUCAAAAGCACAACCAAUUCUUGCCCGUGUCCAACCAGUCAAUCCGUCAGCCGUAUUGAGAAUUUUUCUGUCAGCUAUUAAAUUUGCCACAUCAUCACCUCCUUCACCCAUGAAUGACCUUAAAACUACUGCACAAGAGCAGCUCGAAUACAUGCUGACUGAAGAUGAUGAUGCCCCUCUACUAACAGCUGAUCAAGAGGUCAAAUUUGAAGUAAAAGAAUGUGUGAAGGGACUGUUCACCAGAUUUAACAAUAUGCUAGAAGCUCUGUUAUGUGAGCCUAUGGAAUCAGCCAAUGAGAAAGGGAAAAUGCAAUCUUUUCAAUCAUAUCUAUCAGAUUUAUCGUGGGCUUGUCAGAUACUGAAUAAGUUGGAAAUCAUGAAGGAAUUUGUCAAUAGUUGGGUAGGCGCAUCAGAUAAGAUAGUUCUGGUUGUUGAGCAAGCUAGUUCGGUAGCUGAAAUUAUUGAGACAAAGUCGAAGGUUAUAGAGGUGGCAGCAAAGGUUUUAGAAGCAAUAGGAUAUGGUAACGUUAUUCUGCCUACUGCAAAACGGUUUCACAUGGUCAAGGUUUGGCUUCCAUUUGUGAGGGUUACCAAACCUUUAAUUGAUUCUGCCACGACUAAUGCCAAAGAUGCUCCAGAACUUAAGAUUGAUGGUGAGCUAUGGCAGUCCUUAGAAUCCACAUUUGUUUCUAUGGUUCUUACACUGCCAUCAGAAGACCAGGCAGAGAUUUUGACAGAAUGGUUAGGGAAUGAACAUAUUCACUAUCCAGACUUCACUGAGGCAUUUGAGGUGUGGUGUUACAGGUCCAAGGUUGCGAAGAGAAGAUUGGCAGACAUAUUGGGCAACCACGGUAUGGCCAAUAGCACACUUUGACCAUCUGUUUUUUCAUCUUUUUGGUAAGAAUAGUUACAUCGUGCUUGAUCAUAAAUCAUUUUCCUAUCCUUUGCGAAGAUCAGGCUUGGUUUAGAAAGUGUUGUUGACAAGAGGUUCCUAAACUGGGUGCACGAACUUUUAGCUUCUUGUCCAAAAGUGAUUGCAUUCUAAGGUUUGUAAAUGAAGUAAUGUUUAGGCUUCUGUUUGAUUGUAAAUCCGUAAUUGUGAAUGUCUAGCGUAAUCAAACUCGAUAAAUCCUCUGGGCUUGUGCUAUCUUAUUGUCCAAUUUGCUCAUGCCAA